AUGGCCUCUUCCAAAUCCAAAGUCAACGCUGGGCCCGGCAAUGUCGCACCUGAAUUGCUCUUCACAGCUCCGUCAUUCGCACCGGAGACGAGACAUCCACCACCAUCCUCCCCCUUCAAUCCCCAGCACUGUCACAAUGGACCCGGGUUACAUCGUCGACGUAACUCACACGGCAGCCACGAAUAUGGGAAGAGCUCUGGGUCUGGAAAGCACAUCCGGCUCCCAGCACCGUCAAGUGACCCAAAGUCAUCUGCCUCGUCUAUUUACAUGGGCUCGUACAGUCCUCGGCGAUCAAGAGAUUUUAAACAUUCCGCAGCAUCUGCUCCAGCGACUCCUCGUGCGAGUCUGAGCCGUAGUCGCCUUGAAAACCUACUUUUCGAUUUAGACCUGGACCUCGAGACGUACGGUGUUGAAGAGCUUCGCGAUGGAUUCUUCGAUGCCUCCUUUUUCAAACCUCCCAAGGUCAAUGUGGAAGACAUGAUGAGAGAUGACAAAUACACGCUUCCUGCUACUUUCAAGAAGGCCAAUCCUCUUUCUCCUAAAGCGUUCCUCCCACACCAAUGGCAUGGUAUCAAAAAAGCCGUCGAAGAUGUAACAACCACUAGAGCUGGGAUUAAGCUGGGGAAGUCUUUUAUUGCCUUCUUUACUGCCUACAUUAUAUGCCUAGUUCCGUCCGCCAGGGCCUGGCUUGGACGCUACAGCUAUAUAAUGGUGCUUUCAACCAUUUUAAAUCAUCCUGGGCGGACGAUUGGAGCACAGGUUGAUGGAACCGUUUCCACAAUCAUUGGUUCAGCCACAGGUCUAGGGUGGGGAGCUUUUGCUCUCUGGCUCUCGGACUCAUCAUCUGUUGCCCGAGAAGGCUAUGGAGGAAUUCUGGCUGCAUUUCUUGUACUCUUCAUGGGAACUAUUGCUGCACUUAGAUGCUACUUUAUCAGAAUCUACCAAAUGGUCAUCUGCGCUGGUAUAGCCAUCAGUUACACGGUCUUAGCAGACACAGCGUCGGACAUCCGUUGGAGGAGACUUCUCGACUACGGAAUCCCCUGGCUGUUUGGCCAAGCAGUUUGCCUGCUGAUUUGCUGCACAGUCUUUCCAGAUGCUGGAGCUCGGCCACUGGCAGUAGCUCUACAUAAUGCAUUUGGUGUAAUGCAAGAUGGACUAUUAAUACCUCAGCCGGACCCUGUUAUGCUGCGUCGGCAACUGGCAUGGACGUUCGUUAACUUAUCACAAGCCCAUAGAGACCUCGUUUUAGAUAUAUCCAUCACUCGAUUCCAGCCGAAAGACGUUGAAACACUGCGAAAUAUCAUGCAAGGUGUCAUCAGGUCGCUGUUAUCGCUCAGGAUGGAAACUCACCUGUUUGAUGACUUUGAGCCUACUCUGUCAGAGACAUCGACUGCUGGACGUCGAGGCCGCUCUUCGGAAGCCAAAAUCGUGCAAGGUGAUGGGAACACACGGUCUUCCGAUGAGAAUCCCAUCAUUUCGAAGAACACUGUGAUUGACAUCGACAAUAUCAGCCAACGACCCUCAAUGAGUCGAACGUCGACAGGGGAGCGGGCUGUCAAGCUCGUGGCUAGUAGAUUGGCAGGCCCAACUUCUAAGCUAUUGAAUUGCAUGAAGGCUUCCUUGGAAAGAUGUGAUGCUGUUUUAAUGGGCAUGUCUGGCUACCGAAAAUAUCUAGGUCCUCCCAAAGAUGUGUCUGUCGAUAUCCUAGCUUCUUUAACGAAGCUUCGCAAGACCUUUAUCAAAUACGACCAAGAAGAGGAGUCUCUCAUGAACAAUCCGUCGCUACCUCCAACAUACUCUGAUCAUCCAGAAGUCGUUGAGCUCUUUCUGUUUGUGCAUCCCAUUAGACAGGCUGCACGCACUGUCGAAGCUCUGCUGGUGAAAGUCAUGGAAAUGCAACAAAAGCACCAAGGAUGGAGGCUUUAUCUACCAUCUUACCCCUGGCAAAAGGCAAUACAGCGUACCAACGCUCAGGUCCGCCACGAUCGUGGUGGUCUGACGGCAGGAUUUUAUUUCCAAAGCCAAAGUCAAUUGGCCCGAACCAUGAAGGGAAUGGCCAAUGUUUACAAGCCACUACCUCGCCAGUGCGCUUAUGGAAAUGAUAAGGAUGAGGAAGAGGAGGAACAGCCUGUGAGAAGGACUGAUACGAUAGGAAAGUAUGAAGAAGAGAGAGAGGCUGCAGCGAAGCAGAGACGUUUUCGAUAUAGGUUGUGGCAGGUUUUGCAUCGGCUUCAGGGUUAUGAGACUAGAUUCGCGCUUAGGGUCGCUAUCACGACGUCUUUAUUGUCAAUUCCUGCCUGGCUGAAUCAAAGCAGAGGCUGGUGGAAUGACAGUGAGAGUUGGUGGGCAGUUGUCAUGGUCUGGGUAAUGUCUCACCCAAGAGUAGGCGGCAAUUUCCAAGAUCUCGUCACACGCGCCUUUUGUGCAGUGCUAGGCGCAGUCUGGGGUGGCCUAGCAUACGGAGCAGACAACGGGAAUCCCUACGUUAUGGCAGUCUUUGCAGCCAUCUACAUGCUCCCCAUGAUCUACCGCUUUACGCAGAGCUCUCACCCACGAUCAGGUAUUGUCGGCUGCAUCUCCUUCACUGUGGUGUCUCUCAGUGCCGUCGCAAAUGAUGGACUGCCUUCAGCUUCGCAUAUUGCCCUGACUCGUGGAUUGGCCUUCGUGGUAGGAACGGUCGCUGCGGUAAUCGUGAAUUGGAUGUUGUGGCCGUUCGUGGCGAGACACGAGCUCCGCAAGGCAUUGUCUGCUAUGAUGAUAUACUCUAGUAUUAUUUAUCGUGGUGUAGUAGCCAAGUACGUGUACUAUGAGGCAGGGCAGGAGCCUACGAAGGAAGAUAUAGCACGGUCAGAAAUGCUUGAAGGUCGUCUCCGCGAAGGCUUCGUCCGAAUUCGUCAACUCAUGGCCCUUACCCGCCAUGAGAUCCGCCUCCGUGGUCCCUUCGAUCCUCUCCCCUACUCAGCCCUCAUCGACGGCUGUGAGAAUUUCUUCGAAUACCUGGUCUCCGUCCGCCAAUCUUCACUUUUCUUCCACCCUCACUUCAUUUCCGACGAUGAGCAAGCUGCUGAAAGCCUACUCACAUACCGGAGAGAUGCUGUGGCUACUAUCCUCAUGAAUCUUUACAUACUUGCUGGGGCGCUGAGGGGCGAUCAGAAAGUACCUCGUUAUCUCCCGAACGCUGCCGCAGCAAGGAAACGCCUGCUAGCACACAUGGCCUUCCUAGAAGCCUCGCAAGCAUCCGUCAUCAAGCCCAAUACCCCGGGGCUUGAUACACUAGAGCGAGAAAGCAGGAAAUGGUCUCAGAUAUACAGUUACUCGUACAGCCAAAGUUUGACGGGGUGUGUGCAGCAACUGGAGCAGUUACAGAAAUACACGAAGAUGAUUGUCGGAGAGCAGGGGUUUGAAUCCAUCGAUCCCGACCUUUAUGAAGACAUUACGAGACCACGCUCGGAAGCAAUGGGACACGAGAAGGCAGCCAAACUCGUUAGAUAG